AUGUGUGCGAUAAAGGACCAAGUCAGUGGUAAAACUAUUGGGCAUGCCCAAAUGGCGUGCCGAGUGUUGACAAAGGAUGUACUAAAUGAGCGAAGAAGUCGAAACCCGUCCGGUCAUGAAUCCACUGCACUUUCGAGUGUGCAAAGUAAGCCUUAUAUCAUCCGUGUUGUUGUGGAUAGAGUUGAGGAUAAAACGCCUGCACAAGAUAUGGUAAAAUAUAAGCCACCGUCAGAUGCGAAGAACCCUUCACAUCGCCGUCAAAGUGAUGUUGAACGCAAAGACAAGGCAAAUACGCUAUGGUACACAUUGCAAUAUAAUGUGGCAUACCAACUUCAGUCUAUUAGUGAGUUUAUCGCAACAACACUCAAACACGAACAUGAGCGCCUCAAUAAGGUUCAACUAAGUAGCAACUCCAAGGAGUUGGAGGUGGGAAUUGCCAAGAGUGUUGAGUAUACCAUAAAGUUGUCCAACAUUAUCCUGCAAAUUUCAAAUCAACUUGCAGAAGAUGGAAACACCUCAAGUUCGACGAGGGAUUUACCCAGAGAAGUUGAGACAGUGUUGAAAAGGAAUCCUGUUAACAAACUUCCCGUGCCGAGCAAAGGCAGCGUUGCCCACUUUGCAAUGUAUGAUAUCCUCUUCCAACUGCAAUGUGUUGGAGCGAAUCUAUCCUAUGUUACGUUGGCUUAUCGUAAAGCUUUAGAGAUUCCCCUAGACACGCUAUCAAAACAGCAUCAAAAAUUUUGUUAUGAGCUCGAUCACACCAUACAAUUACUUAAUAGGCAAUUGAAUAUUCUUAUUCAAUCUGCUGUGGAUGGUCGGCUUGAAUCGACGAUCGUUGCUUUACCCACGGUAGACGAAGGUGAUUCAAGCGCUAGCUCCACCCCCAAUGCAUACUCAACGUCGGACUCUUCUACGUCCUCCACCAGUCAGAGUAGCUCACUUGACGAAUGUUCACUCAGUAGCGCAAUCAAAUCUCCCAAAAGCUCGUCAACAUCACUGCCCACGAAAGCUACGCUCACUCAAGUCUUGGUGACGCCAAUAAAAACUCAAAAGUCGUCUAAUACUGUAACCGCAGCGUCUACCUCGUCAUCAGUAGCUCUUCCUGAAGCUGAGACAGUGAAAAGUCAACUAUCCAACCCAUUGCGAAGCCCCAUGACGAAUACGACAACGCAGUUCAAACCAUUUCAGUCGCACGAUUUCAGUUCAUACCAGCAGGCGAUUCUGCCAGAAAAUUUGGCUUCCCCACCCGUCAUUUCUGCGCAUGGUAUGAAUUCAUCCCCAUUGCUGGCAAAUGCAAUCCCGCCACGUAUACACAACGCCCCUCCUGCAAUUCCAACUCCAACCUUACAAACGCAGUCUUCAGAGCCCACCGAUGUGAUCCCUCCUCCCUUCCCAAUCCCCAGGGUCGUCGAGUCACCGGAGCAAAAGACAGCUACACUGGAUUCGGUUUCUGAUGUCGCACCGGCCCCCCCUUUAUCACCAACACAGAUUGGACAAGGACUUAUUCGACCAACCCCAUCAACCACACCCACGCUACCAGUACCUGUCUCAAUUCUACCUACUGGGGGCUUCUCCUUCCCGUCUGGAGCGCAUUGGCCACGUACGGCCACGCCUCCCGAAGACCAGAUGGACAGCCCGCAUUCCGAAUCGAGCUACACAAGCAUUGAUUAA